GGCGCGUCCCCAAAGCGCGCGCUGGGUGGACAAAAGGCUCCCGAGGACCGACAGCAGGGUCCUGUAUCUCCUCUGUGUUGGUAGCAGUGGGAACAAGGCAUGACCUGGGUGAUGGGGCUCCUUGAUGGUGGAUGCCACCUUUUUGAGGCGUCGCUCCUUGAGGAUGUUCCGGAGGCCGGUGCCCGUGAUGGAGCUGAUUAAGUUCACAACUCUCUGCAGCUUAUUUGAAUCCUGUGCAGUGGCCCCUCCUUCCCCAGACGGCGAUGCAGCCAGAUUCGCAGCUACAAAUAAUUUCUGCAGAGGAAUCUCAAACACCACAACACGUCAGAUUUGCUGUCUCUGUUGAGAUAUUUAAGGAGUGACCAGAUAUUUCCUUUGUAACACCACAUUCAUUAUUGAUUGUUGGAAAUGAAGAGGUAUCUCAUCCCAGCUGGAAACGUGUUUUUUGUUUGAAAUGAAGUUUUCUGUUGUAAUCCAGUGAAAUUGACUGGCACAGGGUACUGAGAACACACUGGCAUUUAUUCACAGGAGAUCAGUCCAGUCCUUCAACGGCAUUGACUGUGCGAGCUUUUCACUAUGUCUGAUAUCUGACUCAAUGCAUUGCCAGGGAAUUCAUAGAGAGCUGUGAGAAAGGAUUCACUCACUCAUCCCAUCUGCAGACACACCAGCGAGUUCACACCGUGGAGAGGCCUUUCGCCUGCUCAGAUUGUGGGAUGGGAUUCUCUCAAUCGUCUGACCUACAGAGAGACCAGCGAGUUCACUCUGGGGAGAGACCGUUCAGCUGUUCUAUGUGUGGGAAGGGAUUCACUCGGUCAUCCAGCCUACAGAGACACCAGUCAGUUCAUACUGGGGAGAGGCCAUUCACCUGUUCAGACUGUGGGAAGAGAUUCACUCAGUCAUCUCAACUGAAGGUACAUCAGCGAGUUCACACUGGGGAGAAGCCGUUCACCUGCUCAGACUGUGGCAAGGGGUUCACUCAAUCAUCCCAUCUGCAUAAACACCAGUCUGUUCACAAUGGGGAGAGGCCAUUCACCUGUUCAGACUGUGGGAAGGGAUUCACUCAGUCAUCUCAAUUGAAAGUACAUCAGCGAAUUCACACUGGGGAGAAGCCGUUCAUCUGCACAGACUGUGGGAAGGGAUUCACUCAGUCAUCCCACCUACUGGCUCACCAGUCGGUUCACACCGGAGAGAGGCCAUUCACCUGCUCAGAAUGUGGGAAGGGAUUCACUCACUCGUCCAACUUACAGAGACACCAGCGAGUUCACACUGGGGAGAGGCCGUUCCUCUGCUCAGACUGUGGGAAGAGAUUCACUCAGUCAUUUAACCUGCUGACACACCAGUUAGUUCACACUGGGUAGAGGCCAUUCUCCGCUCAGACUAUGGGGAGGGAUUCACUCGAAAACUCAAGUGAAGGUAAAUCAGCGAGUUGACACUGGAAAGAAGCUGUUUACCUGCUCAGACUCUGGGAAGGGAUUUACUAAUUCGCCUGGCCUACUGGCACACCAGCGAGUUCACACUGGGGAGAGACCAUUCACCUGUUCUGAAUGUGAGAAGGGAUUCACUCGAUCAUCUUACCUUGUGACAGUUCACACUGGGGGAAAAGGUUUAAAUAAGCUGCAUGCUGGAUAUUUAACCAUUGUGGUUGCUGAAUCCAGAGGGAAGAUCAAAAGUGACUGUUGUCAAACUCUGCAAUUAUUGCUGCUCAUCACACCCAGUUCUGCACCCUGGUCACCGGGCAUGGGAGGAGCUUCUUCUGUUAAUGUCCAACUUUAAUAGGACUGGAGUUUAAUAUUCUGGAUCUGUGACUAAUAAAUCAAUUCUAUUUUAAACCCUGCCUCGGGUGUUUAGUAAAUCUACAACACAUCCAGUGUGCAGUAAGGAGUCAACUCAGCCCAGCUGUGUCCCUGCCAGAGUUUCUGUUCCACAAUAAUCCUUUUUAAUCCACUUCUGCUGUUCACCCCUCGCUCUCCCGGUGCUGAUGGGUUCCAAACGGAGGUCUCCCGUGUAUUUCCUGCAAGAUUUUCUGCAGACUGAAGACAAAGAUGAGCCCUCGGGCAAGGAAGAACGAUAUAGGUGGUUAACCUCCUUAUUCCCAGCUCACUUCAGCAUUUUGGGUCAUUUUCACUGCUUCUAAAGGGGUGUUGGAAUGCACUACUGUCCUCUAAAGUCUGAAAGCAGAAUGGGGAACUAUUCGUUGUACGUUCAGUGGAGCAGGGUCAGAAGCCAGAGACAGGUCAGCACAGGGCAGAGCUCGGGGAUCUGGCCAGUGGUAGGGGUAACGGCAUAUGAUGAGGACCAGGGAAACAGAGCAGGAGGUGUGACAAUGAAUGACAAGAGUAGCAACAUUUGGGAGCUGAUUGACAGAGAAAAACUUGGGUGGAUUUCGACUGUUGAUAGACAAUAUAUGUUGACCUUAUAUUGCUUGUGGGAGCUUGCUUUGUUAAACAGUUAAGGAGUUGUUGGAACUGGAUGAAGUCUGGAUCAUAUGGGAAGCUAAGGAGUUGAUAGACAGGACAUACAGAAAGGUUGUUACACCUAAAUUGCAGGACACAGGUAACUGGGAGAUCAUCAGGAGGGGGAAAUGGGAUAGGUUGCUAGAGUAGAGCACCCCUGUGGCCAUUUGCCUCAACAUUCAUUCCUUGAGGAGAAUGAAUAUUGUUGGGGGGUGAUCUGCCAGAAGAAAGCCACACCAGUCAAGUCUCUGGCUCUGUGACUGAGAAUGGAAGGGGGAGAAGAGGUGGGCUUCAAUGACAGAAGGUUUAUCGGCUGGGGGAACAGAAAGCAGGUUCUGUGGUACAUGCCUCCGGGAUGCCAGGUUCAGAGAAAUCUCAGAUCGGGACCACAGCACUUUUAAGCCGGAGGGUUAACAGCCAAUGGCCAGGAUCUACAUCGGUACCAAUGAUGUGGGUAGGAGGGGUGGAGAGGUCGGGCAAAGUGAGUUCAGGGAGUUAGGCGCUAAGUUAGGGCAUGGAGGGAUAUGAGGAGAAGGUAGGAGAUUGGGACUGAGACGGAAAACUGGGUCAGCCAUGAUGAAAUGGCGGAGCAGACUCGAUGGGGCGAAAUGGCCUAGUUCUGCUCCUAUAUCUUAUGUUCUUAAAGGACAGGACCUCUAGGGUUGUGAUGUCAGGAUUGCUACCCAUUACAUGUGCAAAUGAGGCCAGAAAUGGAAAGAUCGUGCAUGUACACCUGGCUAAAGUAUUGGUGCAGGAGGGAGAGUGUCAGAUUGUUGCAUCUCUCGGCUCUCUUCCAGGGCAGGUGGGACAUUAACUGGAGGGGGGGGGCUAAUAUCCUAGCAGGAAGGUUUACUAGUGUUGCAAAGGGAGGGAAUGCAGGGAAGAGGCUAAACUGGAGUUGCAAGGGGAUGGGAAUCAGAGCACCAGAGCAGAUAGUGGAGUCGUUGUGGAGGAAGAUGGUGUAAAGCCGACAUACAAAGUCAGGGGUCAAAAGGGCGAACAUGGUGAGACUAGUGUUCUGAACCAUGUAUAUUUUGCUGCAAGGUUCAUCGUAGGAAAGGAGAAUCAGCUUAGAGUAUGGAUCAACACGUGGAAUUAUAACAUUGCAGCCAGUAGUGAGACUUGGUUGCAGGUCUGGCAGCUCAGUGUUCCAGGGUUCUGUUGGUUAAGACGUGAUAGAGCAGGAGGGAUUAAAUGGGGAGUGUUAGCUUUACUAGUCGGGGAAAAUAUCACGGCAGUGCUCAGUCAGGGCAGACUGGAGACUCCUCCGGAGCAGCUUUAUGGAUAGAAUGGAGAAAUAAGAAAGUUAUAACCACUUUAAUGGGAUUAUGCUAUUGACCUACCGACAGUCUGUGGGAUUUAGAGGAGCAAAUUUGUCGAGAGGUCGCAGACUGUUGCAAGAAACUUAAGGUUGUGAUAGUAGAUGUAUUUUAACUUGCCACAUAUUGACUGGGACUCUCAUACUGUCAAAGGGCUGGAGAGGAAAAAGCUUUUCAAAUGUAUUCAGGAAAUGUUUCCUUAUUCAAUACACAGACAUCCAAAGUGGAGAGAGUGUGAUUGAGACCUAUUAGGGAAUGAGAGCGGGCGGAUGACUGGAGUUUGUGUAGGGGAACGCUUUGCAUCUAGUCAUCAUAAUGCCAUUAGUUUCAAGGAAAUUAUGAAAAAGGAUCUGUCUGUUUCUCAGGUUAAGAUUCUAAAUUGAAGAAAGGCCAAAUUUGGAGGUAUUGAAAAAGAUCUGGAAAGUGUGAAUUGGGACAUGUGUAGUUGGUCAGUGAGAGGCCCUCAAAAGUGAGAUUUUUGAGAAUACGUAUUUUAUAUGCUCCUGGUAGAGUAAAAGGGAAGGAUAACAGGUUUCGAGAACCUUGGUUUUCAAGAUGAGGCUCUGGUUAAGAAAACAAAUGAAAGUGCCUAGCAGGGAAAGGCAGACAGGAACAAAUGAGAUACGUGAGUAGAAGAAAUGCAAGAGGACACUUAAGGACAUUGGGAGAGGGCAGACAUGAGGCUGCUGUAGCAGACAAGGUGAAGGUGAAUCCUGAGGGCUUCUGCAGUUAUAAUAAGAGUAAAAGCACAACAAGGGACAAAAUUGGUCCUUUGGAAAAUCGGAGCAGUGAUCUAUGCAUGGAGCCAAAGAGAUGGGGGAGAUCUUAAAUGGAAUUUUUGCAUCUAUACUUUCUCAGGAGACAAGUCUAAGUUCAGGUCAAUGGGACUAGAUGGGCUGAAGUGUUCUAUGACUUGUUGGAUCUGGUGAUUUUUGAUCCGCUGGUUCAUUUAGGAGUAACAGAAUGAGUUGAAAAUGUGAAUAAAUUCAUCUUGGGCUUCUAGCCUGGUACCGGUAUCAAUUUUCACCAACUUUUCGCUGAUAAACUCUGCCAUCUUCAUCAGGGAUGAUGCCUAGGCAUGUCUAGUCCAGUGGUAUAUGUACCCCCAUCGUCAAGUAUAUCAAUAUCCCUAGGCAUUAUCUCUGCUGAAGAUGGCAGAGUUUGUCAUCGAAUCUUCAGUUAAAAUUGAUACCUUUACCAGGCUGGAAGCCCAAGAAGAGUUCAUGCAUCAGAUAUGCCGGGCAAGCGCUCGAUCCUUUUUCAGUUGAAAACUUGUCACUUCACGAUCAUUUAUUGAAAGCUUAAACAAAGAAACAGGCACAGAGCACCUGAAACUAAAGAACUGAGAACAAAGACAAGCUGCAUACUUUUUUCCAUGGAUGCUGCCUGGCCUGCUGAGUUCCUCCAGCCUUUUGUGUGUGUUGCUCGGAUUUCCAGCACCUGCGGAUUUUCUGUCGUUUGCGAACAAAGACAAGCUGGUGAUUCUUGCCGAUACUUUUAUACUUUUAUACUGAUACAAAAGCAAAUUCCUAGAUAGGUGAGGACCUAUAAAGGACACAGUGAAAGAUGAUAAAUAAUGUAACU